AUGGCAGCGCCAGUUGGAACACAUAUGAGUACUCGGACUACCCCACGAAAAGUAUAUCCUCUGGGGAACAUUUGCCUUAUCUGGGGGUUUUCAUUUGUAAGCAAAUAUGUUGACACUGAUGGCAACAUUAAAAUCAACAAAUACCUGGACAAAAAACUUCGACUUUCCACGGACCGAAUGGAAGUUUUGAAAGAUGUGUGCGGAAUUUCGGAUAGUGUGGUGUAUCCAACUGACACAGCUGUGUGUCAAAAGUGUUUCAGAAGUACCGAAAGAGUAUUAAAACUGGAAAAGGAAGCAGCAACUAUGAGGGAAUCUGUUAAAGCAUCUAUUCAACUCACGCUGCAAAGAUUUAAUGUUUGUGUGCCUUCCCCCUCUAAAAGAUCCACUGAAAAGAGAGAAAUAAGGAGCCCAUUUAAAGAAAAUACUGAUGUAAAGAGGGUUCGACCAGAUGAUCCUCUGUUAGUACCUAUCAGAAGGGUAAUACCAGUGAAGCUGGUAGAACUCCAGUCUGCCAGUGCUAAUGUAAUUGUGAAUACCAACAAAGCACGGCGCUGUCUUGGUGGGGGCUUUUUGAAACAGGCCAUAUCCAAAAUGACUUUCAGCACAGAUAGUGGACAAGAUGAUGGGACUCUCUAUUAA